CUUUUAUCUUUCAUUUUAUUCUUUUGUUAAUUUUUGAAAACGUUGUUUCCUGAUUAAACGAGUUAAUCAUUAUUGUCUAAUUAUUUCAUUAAUUUCUUUUAUUUUUGUUCCUUAUAAUUUUUUUCAAUAAUGGCAAAAGCCAAGAAUUCAAAAGUUAUUUCAAAUGGUGAUGCUAAAAAUGCAGCAAUGGAAACUGACGAGGUGGUAGCCAAGCCAGUGGUUGAAGAAAAACCGCGUGGACGAGGUAAGAAAGCCAAAGUUGCUGAAGCCGAGCCUAAAGCUAAAAACGGUGAAAAAGAAGUUGAAGAUGAACCAGAACCAGUGCCUGAGCCAGAAGCUGUAGCUGAGCCAGAAUCUGUUCCUGAGUCAAAACAAGAAAAGCCUCGUGGCCGUGGCAAGAAAGCCAAGGCUCCUGAAGCUGAACCAAAGCCUAAAAGCGAUGACAAAGAAGUUGCGGAAGAGCCUGAACCCGAACCUGAGUCAGAAUCCGUACCUGAACCAGAAUCCGUGCCUGAGACAAAACAAGAAAAACCUCGUGGGCGCGGCAAGAAAGUAAAAGCUACUGAAGCUGAACCAAAAUCUAAGAACGAAGAGAAAGAUGUUGAGGAUGAGUCAGAACCCGUUCCUGAGCCAGUGGUCGAAGAUAAACCUCGUGGGCGCGGCAAGAAAGCCAAAGCUUCUGAACCUAAGCCCAAAGCCAAAGAGGAAGUGAUUGAAGACGAGGCCGAGGCUGAGGCUGAGGCUGAGGCCGAAACAAUUCCUGAGAAGAAAGCUAAGAAAGGUCAAGUAGCAGUUAAAAGAUCUCAACGUAAUCUCAAAAAACCUGUUGUUGAAGAAACUGUUGAAGAAAAACCGCGUGGACGAGGUAAGAAAGCCAAAGUUGCUGAAUCUGAACCAAAAUCUAAGAACGAAGAUGAAGAAAUGGAAGAAGAGCCAGAGCCCGUUCCUGAGCCAGAAGUAGAGAAACCUCGUGGUCGCGGCAAGAAAGUCAAAGCUUAAUUGUCAAGAUGUUUCAUCAUAUGCAAAACCCUCUUCAUCAAUAAAAAUAAUAUUCAAUUUAUUAUAAAAA